AAACAAAACAAAUGCACUUUGGGUGUGUUUUGGUAUUUUUCUGGGGCUAGAGGGUGGGUUGGGAUGUCCCUGUAGGGUAGUUCCAGAACGGGCUGUCUAUAUAUAUAUUGUAGUAAUAGGCAUGUUUGACCCUUGUGAAGGGACAUUAGUGGCUGCUGCAGGUCCUGUUUGGAACCCCAUGUACAGUUCCCAGUUUUUUGUGUCAGUGCGGGAGGCAUUUGACUCUUGUGUUUGUAUCUCCUUUUUAUGAUUGCUGUACUGACCCGUGUCUUUUGGGGGAGGGGUGAAAAGAGAUUUGAAAUAAAACUGUUUAGAAAUUACUUCCAAAAAGAAAAAGGAAGCUCCGCCUCUACACGGCUGUGCGGUCGCACCCUCAGCUCCGAGACUGCUCUAAAGAUUCGCCUGGGUUGUCCUCGUUCUCGGGCACCUGCGCACGCGCCCGGGCUGGGUGAGGGUGUCACGUUCCUCGGCGCCAGCCCCUGUCGCCCACCAGCCUGGCCCGGCCCUCGCCCCUCCGCGCAGCUUCCGAAAGUCAAAACCAGCGCUCCCGCCAGGGGCCCGCCUCCGGCCCGGACCAAUCGGCCGCGUAGGUCUCGGGCACCAAGCCCAAUAAGCGUACUCCCCCGGGCGCCUCCCAACAAGGGGCCUGUUGAUUGGUUAGUUUUGCCGUCCGCUGCGUUGCCCUAGCAACCAGGUUACGAAGACGCGGUGGUUGGGCCUCCAGGUCUCAAGCGACCCGGUUUUGGGUCUCUUCGCCAGCUCUCCGCGCUUUCGGCAUCAUGUCGGUGCGGACGCUACCGCUGCUCUUCUUGAACUUGGGCGGGGAGAUGCUUUACAUCCUGGACCAGCGGCUGCGGGCCCAGAACAUCCCCGGAGACAAGGCCCGCAGAGAUGAAUGGACAGAGGUGGACAGAAAACGAGUUCUUCAUGACAUCAUCUUAACCAUGUUCAAUAAAAGCUUUAUAGAGGAAUUGUUAAAACCCCAAGAGCUCUACUCCAAGAAGGCCCUCAGGACCAUCUAUGACCGCCUGGCUCAUGCCUCCAUCAUGAAACUGAACCAGGCCAGCAUGGAUAAGCUCUAUGACCUGAUGACUAUGGCUUUGAAAUAUCAAGUACUGCUGUGUCCCCGUCCCAAGGACGUGCUGCUGGUCACUUUCAACCAUUUAGAUACCAUCAAGGGACUAAUCCAAGACAACCCAGCCCUCCUGCAUCUAGUGGAUGAGACUCUCCGGCAGCUGAUUGAAGUAUACGGUGGCCUCUCCGCGGGGGAGUUCCAGCUGAUCCGGCAGACGCUCCUCACCUUCUUCCAGGACCUGCACAUCCGGGUGUCCCUAUUUCUAAAGGACAAAGUUCAGAAUUCCAAUGGUCGCUUUGUGUUGCCAGUGUCUGGGCCUGUUCCCUGGGGAAUUGAAGUUCCCGGACUCAUCAGAAUGUUCGACAACAAGGGCGAAGAAGUGAAGAGGGUGGAAUUCCCGCACGGUGGAAGCUAUGUCCCUGCGCCAAAGGAAGGUUCUUUUGAAGUUUAUGGAGACCGAGUCCUGAAACUAGGAACUAAUAUGUACAGUGUGAACCGGCCUGUGGAAACCCAUACAUCUGGAACAUCAAAGAACUUAUCUUCACAGGCACAGCAAAGCAUUGCUCCAAACCCUCUUGCUAAAGAAGAGCUGAAUUUCUUGGCCAAGCUGAUGGGAGGAAUGGAGAUUAAGAAAACCAGUGGCCCUGAGCCAGGAUUCCGGUUGAAUCUCUUUACCACUGACGAAGAGGAAGAACAAGCAGCGCUAACCAGGCCAGAAGAGUUAUCCCAUGAAGUUGUCAACAUACAAGCUACUCAGGACCAGCAAAGGAACCAAGAGCUGGCUCGGAUUAUGGGGGAAUUCGAGGUCAUGGACCAGCCAAGGUGGAGUGCCAGCAAGGGGGAUGAUUUGCUGGCCAUGAUGGACGAGUUAUAGCUGUGCGGACCAGGCACACCCCUCCGCUGUGGGAGAGGCUGCCUGACAUGGACCCUGGGGGAUGCAGAAGGAUGCCGCUCAUUCUCUGCUGAGUGAAGAAGCAUUACCUCUUGUUCCCCUUCGUGUUGGGACGGACUGCUCCGGUCUCUCAGGAAGCACACUCCCGGAAGGCACACACAUACACAUCUACUCCCAUUUUCCUUCUGCUUUAAUGACAGCCCUCCAGAGCAUUCUGGGCCACAGGUUCAAGCCUCGGAGUUGGUAAGGGGCGCUUCCAUCCCUGCUUUCCUGUGGGGGCCUCCAGCUCACAGAUGCCUGCGAAUCGUCACCAAACUUCAGAGCUUUCUGGGAUGGCUCCUGCCUUGUGAGCCUGAAAUAAGUGGAAAAGGCAGUUGCCUCACGCAGUUGGGGCCCAGUUUAGACAGCCCUCCUCUCCCUGGCACCCUGGGAACUGUAACCUCAGAGGCAGGGGAAGCAAGGCCGUGUGACGGGAGCAGCAGCUGGGUCCCCCACAGAGCACGUGGGCACCUGCAGUUCGCUGCACAGCUCUCCAUCCAUACGCGGUGGGGGCUUCUCCCUCAUGGAGACGCGCACCAGGGAAAUAGUGCUUCAUCCCCAGAGCCUUCUAAAGACACCCAGCACGGUGCGCCAGGACACCGGCUCCUCUGCCUCUCACCCCGGGGCCAAACAGAGCCUUAAGCUGGAUUCAUGGGAGGCGCACGUGGUGAGUCAUUUUACCUUCCGUGUCCCAAAGGAGCUGCUUCCCUGGCACGAUGCCAAGUGUAGUUGGGCUAUCAGACCGGGGCUGCCUUCCCUGUUCCAGGAAGGCCUGGGACUGAGUAACUGAUGGGCUCAGGGCCACCUCAUGUCCGGAGGUCCAGGCCCAGUCAGCCCUGUGGAAGGAACCUCCAGGACGGCAGAGGGUAGGACGACGGAGUUGCGUCGGUCAUCGCCUGAGAUUGGACCGACCAGAGGGAACGCUCGGGCCCUCACCCUGGCAAGGGGGGAGGCAAACACUUCUGGAAUCUGAGGGCCCGGGAAGCUGUCCCUUAGCUUGCCACGGCAUAGUGUUUGAUCGCAGACAGGUAAAUCACCAAAUAAAUGUAAUUUGCCGCCUUCC